CAGUGCUUCUGAACUUAUCAGACGUCGGACGCAUAUUUGUUCUGAACGCUUGAUUCGUUCCCACGCCAUACACGUGGUUGCGUGAAGUGUUUUCAUUUCAUUUUAUAAAGUUUCAAAUUUGUCUGAUUUCCGUGAAAGUGCUCGCGCGACAAGAACUUCCUGCUGCGGAUGGCUCCAUGAGUGCGCGCAAUUUUUACGUUAUUUCUUUUCAAAAUUGAUAACCGUCAAUUGCAAAGUGCUCGUUCAUAGCGUAAUGUUAAUAUUAGACCCAAUGAUUCCUUGUAUCGCAUCAAUUGCAAGAGAAAUCAAUCAUCACGCGGACACAUAGUGCUGGCGAGUGGAAGACAAAAAGCCCCCUUCAUAUCGAAUUGUUUUUUAGUUGACAUCGCGCCAAACGAGAGGUGGUGGUGUGUGCGCGAAAAGACAUCCAAUAAAAUCGACAUUUAAUUCUCAAUCCCUUCUUGGUGCAAUAAACUUUAGGAGGAGUGAGGUUUUACUCUUUUUUUGUGCUGAUGGUGCACGCAUAAGUUCCUGCGAACAUGGAGAAUAUGUUGUGACAUUCCGGCGUGAGCUUUUUUUGGUGCCUUCACACACCAAAGUUCCGCGUGUUUUCCCACCAUAAUUCUGCGCCCUUUUAUCGACCUCCUCAAUCUUAAGUGCUUUCCGCGCCUUUUUCUUCGUUCGCGCCGACUUUCCCACACUUUAUUCCCUCCUCAAUUGAGAUUUGCUAAAAGGAAGUGGUGAGCAAUGUCUAUUUGGACAACGAGUAGUGCCGGUUUGGACACAGUUCUUGCCACAACACUCGGCACGGCCAGCCACAGCCUCACCCGUCAUCACAACAACCUCAAUCUGAAGCCAUCAAAUUCGUCGCAUCAUCUCAACUACCACCAGACGCAGCAGCAGGUGGCGCAGCCUCAGCAACCAAGUAGCGGCAGUGGAUCCGUCUCCGGAUCAUCACCAGGAGGCCAUUGCAAUCCCAGCUUCAGCUAUCCCGUCACCCCGCCCACGUACUGGAAGCAACCCAACUUCACCACAAGUACCGGCAUCAAUCACCCCAAGAGACGCUCAAUCGGGAUGUCGCAGUCAGGUGAGGAUCUCCAUUCACCCAGCUACCUAUCAUGGCGAAAGCUACAGCUAAGUCGUGCCAAGCUCAAAGCAUCCAGCAAGACAUCGGCUCUCCUAUCAGGAUUUGCAAUGGUCGCAAUGGUGGAAGUUCAGCUGAACAAUGAUACAGAGGUGCCAACGGGAAUGCUAAUAGCCUUCGCCAUUUGUACGACACUCCUUGUGGCUGUGCACAUGCUAGCCCUCAUGAUCAGCACGUGCAUCCUGCCCAAUAUUGAGACUGUCUGCAAUCUCCAUAGCAUCUCACUUGUCCACGAAUCCCCGCACGAGCGACUUCAUUGGUACAUUGAGACCGCGUGGGCCUUCUCCACACUCCUGGGGCUCAUUCUCUUCCUCCUCGAGAUCGCCAUCUUGUGCUGGGUGAAGUUCUACGAUUUGAGCCAGGCUGCCGCAUGGUCAGCAUGUAUUGUGCUCAUUCCCGUCCUCGUGGUCUUCCUGGCGUUCGCCAUACACUUCUACCGUUCCCUCAUGACGCACAAAUAUGAGGUCACGGUGUCCGGGAUUCGGGAGUUGGAGAUCCUCAAGGAGCAAAUGGAACAUGACCACUUGGAGCAUCAUCGGAGUGUUAACAAUGGCCUACACUACAACAGUGCAUCAGCUGAGAUUGUCUAAGCUGUUGUGCACAACACUGUGACACACAGAGGAAACGCGCGUCCCCUCAAGCUCAAAAGUGCCUGCGCGGAGAUUCCCGGAAUGGAAAUCUCUUAAAUCUUAAAAAAAAUGUGAUUGCGUUUUACAAAAAAGCAGCAAGACGAAAUUCAUAAAGACAACCCCUUCCGUGUGAAUGUGAUCUGAAGAUGACUUACAGAACGAUUUUUUUUAUAAUUCUUUCCAUAAUCUCAUUUUUUGUAAAUUAAAUUAACCAUCCUUCCCCCCGGAAAUUCAAGUUCAAGAGCGCACCUCCAUGUUGAGGGAGAGAAUUUGAGCUUUUAAUUUGAUUUAUUUCUUUUAGUAUUAAGGUGUACUUAUUGUUUUAAGAAUUUUUGGGAACUCAUGCGCGUCUAGAAGUCUUCCAUUUGAGAUCCGGGGGCAAAUGAGGGGAAGCUCAUUUGCGGCGUUGCCCUCAAGCCGGAGAACAUAACCUCAAAUUGCUAGCAAUAUGUACACGCCAAUGUUUUUUUUUAUAUAAUAAAACAUGUAAAUAGGUUUAAUUUAGAUGGAAUAAAUAAUUUAACAACAAACUCACCAAAAUAA